UUGCUGUCAAAUGUCAUAGUGCUACUUCUAUGCUUGUCAUUGUUCUGAGCCAGUGACAGUUUAUAGUCUAUAUUUUGUCUAUAGAUAAGAUGGCGGGUGAUGAAAGUGACAGUGAUCUAAAGCCAUCCAGUGUAGCGAUCAUAAGAGAAGUGUACGAUAGUGAAAAUGCCCACAUUAAGUUUGAAAUGGAAUUGGAAAGAGCACUUGAGGCCGGCGUGAGCGUUAUUGUGAUAGAACCAGAGCCUCUCGGAGAAGAGACAGCUCGAUGGAUAUAUGUGGGGAACCUCUUGCAUAAGGUUUCUGUUUAUAGCGGACUUUGCGGUAUUGCAUCAGGUUUAAUGUGGAGCUCAUUGGUGUGCGCCCCAUUUGGAAUAGUGUCAAUAUUAUGUUCUGGUUGUUAUACACUAUCAUGGCAAUGGGAUCCUUGCUGCAAAUACCAAGAAGAAAAGGAUCGUCGACAUUUAUCAACACUGCCAAUGCUGAGUAAUCUCACAUCUGCAUCACCUGUUGUACUUGUACAUACUGACAAUAAAAAGAAAAUUAUAUUACAUAACACUAUUUCCAUAGCAGCUGCCACUGUUUGCUUAUGGAGACUGUAUAACACAUUUAAAUGAAUAUAAAAAAAUUGUUAGAACUAGACAUACUAUUUCCAACAGAAUAUUAGGUGGAUUUAUUAGCAGGGUUAUUUGUGAGAGUUGCCUUAACCUGUGAAGAUAGUGAAAAAUAUCCUCUGAGAAUCAUCAGUAUUUCAAACUUAUUAGAAUUGACUUCAAUAAGUCAGGAAUACUUUUUCUGUCAAAAAUAAAUUAUGAAGAAGCAUCUGAGUUAAAUAUUAUAAUCUACUGCUCAGAGGGAAGAUAUAAAUUAAAUUUAUUUGCACAUGUAAUAUGACUCUCAUGCUCAGAUCUUGGGUGUAUUCCCCUGGUUGGACAGUGUUAACGAAGGGAUUGUCUACUGCCUAGAGUGUGGAAUUGCACCUAAUAAAUGGCACCUAAUUAAAGUAGCUGUCACAUAAGACCCUCUUAAACAUGCCACCCAUAGAGAGAUUCUUAAUGCUUCUAAUAUAUUGUUUUAUAUUAAAAUUUUAAAGAUUUAAUAAAAUAAUUUGUUGUAGGUAGAAGGCAAUGUAUAAAAUGUAAUUAUGUUAUUGACAGUAGAUUUAGAAGUGUACAAAAAUGUCUUAUGUAAGAGCUUUUAGUUAAAUUUGACUGUAAUUUGUAGACAAUUCUGUUACAGUGUUGUGCUAGCAGUGACAUGAGUAAUUUACGAUUACAGCCACUGUUACUGCAUAAUAAAAGUAACCAAAUGCAUUGA